AUUGGUUUAUUUUCACAGCGGCAAUAUCAAAUACGAAAACAGCAACAACCUGCUUAGACCUGUAGGAAAACUUUGAGUGCAAUCUGAAACACAAUAUUAACUAAACUGUGUUAAUCCUAUUGUUGUGACUUUAAAAGACGUGAAUAAGCAAGAACUAUGAAACAUCGGCAUAUAUGAAAAUGGAACAUGACUAAAAACCUUCCAGUGUGAAAAAGAAAAAAAGAUAGAGAAUCGCCUCGAUUUUUUAAUUAUAUAUAUAUCUCGACUUUGACGAAUAUGUCACAUUUUAACUUUGAAAACGAGCUUAACAGUGUUUUGAGAAUGGAUGCACCAAUAUCAAAAGGUCCGACAAUGAGAUGGCAAAAGAGGAUGGACAAUCAACAAGAUUGUAACAAUGCGAACAUUUCUGUAAACAGCUCCCUGAAUGCCAGUACUACAACAACCACUAGUAAAACACCCAUGAAAAAUUUGAACAGAUCUAUGAACAAUCCUAAUCCUAAAACGCCAUCAGCUGGGUCUGGUGGGAAAACGCCAAAGUCUGGAGGCAAGACCAAAACACCAGGAAAAGCCCCAAAGACGCCUAGUGGUGGAGACCGUUUUAUUCCAAGUCGGAGUUCCUCACAAUAUGACUUGGGACAUUUUAAAAUCAUGAACAGUAACACUGAGGAUCCAGAACUUCUGAGUCCUUCCCAAAAAGAAUUCCAGAAAGUCAUGAGUGAAAACCUUAAUGGCACAGAUGUGGGAGCAGGGAAAGUGCUAUCAUACCAAACAAAGGCACCAACAGCACCAGCUGGGUUCCAGAACCAUCUAAGAGUCGUGUACAGUAAAACACCAGCCAGCACAGCCAAGAAAACCACACGCAAUAUACCUCAGGUCCCUGAACGUAUUCUUGAUGCACCAGAUAUCCUGGAUGAUUAUUACCUUAACCUACUUGACUGGUCGGUCAACAAUCAGCUUGCUGUUUGCCUGGGUGGAAGUGUGUACUUGUGGAAUGCUGCAUCAGGGGAUAUAAACCAGCUCUGUCAAAUGGAAACAGCAGAUGAGUAUAUAGGUGCAGUUGCUUGGAUCAAAGAAGGAAAUUACCUGGCCGUUGGAACAAGUAAUGGUGAAGUCCAGUUGUGGGAUGUAACAGCCACAAAGAGACUGAGAAACAUGUCUGGCCAUUCAGCACGAGUUGGAUCACUGUCCUGGAACUCCUACAUCCUAAGCAGUGGGUCAAGGAGUGGAGCAAUACACCAUCACGAUGUGCGGGUCCCAAACCAUCACAUCAGCACAUUACAAGGUCACAACCAGGAAGUGUGUGGUCUAAAGUGGGCCCAGGAUGGCAAGUUUUUGGCCAGUGGUGGCAACGACAACCUCCUAAACAUCUGGGGGGCACAACCAGGAGGUUUUAUCACCGAUAACCAGCCCCUCUACACAUUCUCACAGCAUCAAGCUGCGGUCAAGGCACUUGCUUGGUGUCCUUGGCAGUCUGGCCUACUGGCCAGUGGCGGUGGGACUGCUGACCGACACAUUAGAUUCUGGAACUGUAACACAGGAACUUGUCUACAAAGUGUAGACACAAAAUCACAGGUGUGUGCUCUGCAGUGGUCCAAAGAUUAUAAGGAACUGAUAUCCAGUCAUGGAUUUGCUCUCAACCAGCUCACCAUUUGGAAGUAUCCUGUCAUGUCCAAGGUGGCAGAACUAACAGGUCACACAGCCCGAGUUCUACACAUGGCCAUGUCUCCGGAUGGUUCCACGGUCGUGUCAGCAGGAGCAGACGAAACACUCCGCCUAUGGAAAUGUUUCCAAGUGGACGAACUGAAGAAGAAAGUGCAGUCCACAUCAACAAAAGAUACAAAGAGCAAACUGUCAAUGACAUCCAUCAGAUGAUUCUAUCUAAACAAAACAAAAAACUUAUACUAUUGUGUUCUGUCAGAUAAAAUAAGGCAUAAUGGACCGAUCCGUCAUUGGCUUGGAUGCUACCUAAAGGAUAUUUGUGUGGCAGAAGGGCACGUAUUUUGCUUUCUGUCAACCCACUAUGGUGCUGUAUUUGUUCUUGUUGACAUUCCCACCUCAACUUUAUCCUCUCAAGAAUUGUGUGAAAGUGUGUGUGUCAAAAUUACUAUCGCCAAUUGUCUAUAAUUAAGUCAGUAUUUAGUGUUCAUCAUCUGAAUUCAGCUGUUUUAACCAUUCUAAACUCUUACAGUUAUAGUAUUGGAAGGAGGGAUGCUAAUUUAGGCCUUCUGGUAGCUAUCACCAAUGAGUUUUACUACCACCCCUCUUUUAAAGAAAGAGUUAAAAAUCACACUCGGUGCAUAGAAUGCUGUUUGUAGUUUACAGCUUUCAGUGGAGUGAAAUAUUAAGAGAGUUUGCAGGUUGGUUAAUUGAUAUUAUUGUCAAUAGUACAGUUUAACUGUAUUUGAUGUCAAUUUAGAUGUUUACAAUACAAUCCAUCAACAUUUUCCCUGUUCAAUAACGCACUCCAGUCCUACAAUUUCUGCCUACCCUGGUUAAUACACAUAAUGAUACAAUAGUUUUCCUUGUUUUUCCGUUUUUUGCCUAGUGGCUUGUAAUCUUUUUACCAAUAGUUUUAACAGUAACAAAAUAAAUCAAAUGGUAAUUCAAUGAAAUUCAAGUUGAAAUUGUAUUCUUUCCAAUGAUGACUUUCACAUUUAAUUCAAACAAGUUUACAUCAUUUUUUUUGGAUUAGAUAUUUUUAUUAUGUAUACAAUUAGUGUUAUUCUUGUUGAUUAUUUCAUUCACGUUCUGUUAAUGUCUUUUUAAUGGGUUUAAUUUGUAAUUUUCUAUCUUUUUUACAUAUCGUUAUAUUUAUUUCGAACACGUUAUAUGAGUUAUGAAAUUCUACAUGAAUAUACAAUGUUGUUUUUCCUGUUCAUUGGAAUUACAACUCUUGAAGAUAGAUCAUGUAGCUUUAAAAGAAAACAAAUUUGAAACUUUCUCAAAACAAACAUAAGAAUCACUAUUGCCAAAUCCAAAUUUAUUUAUUUUAAAUCAUUUUGUAAUGUUAGUUUCAUUUAUCAUGGUUCAUGAUGAAAUAAAAUUCAUUGUACUAUUAUAUGAUCAGGAACCUGAUUACCUCCCCUUCUCCCUACCUUUCUUGAUUUGGCAGGUAGUGGUAUUAUUUUUAAAACGUAAUGUUAAGAAAUCAAUUUUUAUACGAGUAAUAUAUGGUGUGUUUUUUUUAAAGUUAAAUGAUCAGAAUGUUAGGUUAAAUGCAAUUUGAUGUGACUAUGUAAUUUAUAUUCAUGUUAAAUAUGUCGAAAGUUCAGAGACUUUCAUUGAAGUCAUAACUUUCUAUUGUUUAAUACAGAUGGGUGGGGUAUUCUUGAAGUGUUCCAUUCACUAUCUACUAUAGUAUUUAUGCUGUCAUUUGACUUGAGAUGUUCAUUACUGUUAGACAUUAAUCACUGUCGGACAUUUUUGUGUGUCCUGAAAAUUGUUGACGGAAUAAUUUUGGAGCAUUGUGUUGUUGUGUGAGUGGAUAUUGUGUACCCAGUGUUUUUUCUUGUUCACAGCACCAAGUUGCUACUGUUGUAUUUGUUGUGUUUCUAUUUUUGAUUUUGUCAACUUGUUACAUUUUAUAAUAGAUCAACAUCUUUCUGGUAUGAAUUUCAUGGCAUAUCUGGAGGAUGUUUCAAAGGAAAUCAUUACAAUUUUUCAUAAAAACCUGAAAAUAGCAUAAUUAAUACUAUUCCCUUUCACAAGGUCUAGGAAGGAUUUUGUUCCGUGGAUACAGUAUUCCAGAAAUGCUGUGGUUUGUUAUGAUCUGUUAUGAAAUUAAGUUUUGUGAACUUCCAUUUGUUUUACUUUAAUAAUACUGAUUUUGUUUUUGUGUACGAGUAUUGUUCUAUACAUAUUUCUGUUCCUGUUAAACUACCAUUCUACUCUUUGGAGCUCUAUCCACCUUGUGCCACCGACGACAACAUUUACAGUUGUAACUGAUGACCAGCUACAACUCACAAGUUCUAUUUAGACUUCAAUUUGAUGGCCCAAAAAAUACAAAGCUUGUUGACUUUUGAGAAUUAUCUUUAAUUCAAAAUUCAAAUGUUCCAUGGUAAGUUUUUCUGCAUUUCAUUCAGUGUUUUAGGUUUGGUCAUUUCUGAACAUAAUACACAGAUGUUCAUGUUGAAAUGACAAGAAAAUAAUCUUAAUAACCCUUAUUAAAAUUUUGAGAAUUGAAAAAAGAAUUGUGAAACCAGAGCUUGGUAAUAAUGGUUCAUGUCCCUUAAAGAAAUGAAAAGCUCAAUUCUUAGGUUCUUGUUUCUUUUACAGCAAUAUUAAAUUCAAAUAUGUAGUUCUGCUAUAUCUUCAAAACACAGUUGCCAGAUUUAAACACAAUUUGUUGAAAUUUGUUUCAAGUUAUUUUUACACUUUCAUAAAAGCUGAUUUGCCAUCAGAUAUGAUCCAUACACAAGUUGUUAGUGCGUACAAAAUUUACCUCACUUUAUUAAUACACAAUUUCAAAUAUACUUUACAGCAAAACAUUGCAAAAUUAAGUCAGCUAAGGGAUUAUUUCAGAGAUAUAUCAUAUAUUUUUAACUAAAUGAUGUAUGUUGAAAUUAUGAAUAAAUUUAUGAGACUAUU